AUGAGCUUGCAGUUGCAGCGAUCCGCGGCCGUCUCCGGCAAGGAGCCGGAGAUGGGGCACCAGCAGGAGGUGGUGGCGCACGUCUACGACGUCGCAUGCGUCGGACCGGACGGGGCCGCCAGCGGCGGCGGCGCCACCGUCCUCCACUUCAACCGCAUCUUCAAGGACGCCAUCGGCCUCGGCGGCAUCUUCCACACCGCCAUCCAGGUGUAUGGAGAUGAGGAAUGGUCAUUUGGUUACUGCGAACAUGGCAGCGGGGUUUUUAGCUGCCCUCCAUGCAAGAACCCCAUGUACACAUUCCGUGAGUCCAUCGUGCUGGGGAAGACGAGCUGCUCAAUGUUGAAAGUAAAUCACAUAGCGAGGGAACUUAGUUUGGAAUGGCCUGGAAGCUCGUAUGAGAUCCUCUCAAGAAACUGCAACCACUUCUGCAACGAGUUCUGCGAUAAGCUUGACGUGCCAAAGCUUCCAGGUUGGAUCAAUCGAUUCGCUAAUGCUGGAGAUGCAGCUCUAGAGGCUGCUGAACUUACAGCAGAAAAGCUCAAACAAGCAAAAAAGGAGAUUUUUACUGCAUGCAAAACUGCAUCCACAUACCUGACUGGUGCACCGUCAAGUACACCAUCAGAUGUGGAGGAUACGGGCGGCUCAACAAGCAGUUCUAUUUUUGAUGGAACAUGGAUCAGAAGCAUUAUUGGCAUCAGCAUAAAGCCAUCGAGGAGUCUUAUGAACGAUCCAUCGUCAAGCUCAGACGACAAAACAUCUGAUGACGAGAGUGAAUCAGAUGGCAAACAGCCUCGCAGUGAUCAGAACGAGGACCAAAAGGACGCAACACAAGAGCAAGCUGCAAAAAGUGAGGACGAGCCACACGAUCAACCUUGAAGUCCACACCAAUGAUGCGCAGAAAGAGGAGCAACAUUUCCAAACUGAUAAGAAGAAUUACACAGCGGGUCGGUUACAGCAACAUAUCCUAACAUCACAGUGUAACUGACAUUCACUUCCGAUCAAGAACCACAAGCUGCGACGUAGUCCUGAGGAGUGCUGAAGCAACCGAGUGCGCCACGAUGUGCGCUAUCCUCAGCUUUAUCUGCCCACGACGUGGCAUCUGUCGAACUCCGCUUCGCUUCUCACCCUUGUAGACUCUGAUGAGAUCACCUGCACUAACUCUCUCGGCCAUGUCUUUGAAGGAGAUAUCGGCGAGCUCCUUGGUUGCUUGCUUGCUUGCACUUAUGCUUGAUGUUUACUCCCUGUGUGGUCUUCUAUUUAUAAGGCAUCAAGAAGUUAGUUUUAUCUUGACACAAGACAUGCCAGCUAAACUCUUGCUCCUUUGUCAUAUGAAUGGAUAACAACAUUGUACCUGAAUGGUGUCCAUUCUAAUACAACCCUGUACUGUAGUGUC